UUUAUAUGCCCCCGUUGCCUCCGGCACGGCAAGUUUCCGCACUCCGUGGAAGAGGAAAGAUUCCCGUCACAACGAUUCCCGUCGCGACAUCCUUUCAAUCCGAGACGAGCUUGCGCAGUUGUAUUCGUGUUCCGAUCAAUGAUGGUGUCUUGUUUGGUUUCGUCGGUUUCGUAUUGAAUUGAAUUGGUCUGCUUUUCCGACAGAAAGGGAAUGUCUGGUGGUUGUUUGUCGGUUGCUCAUGACCAGUGAUUAUUACGCUUCCAGUCAUAGUUCCGUGGAGUGAAAGACGGUGAUCAUGAUCUAAAGUGUGUAUUCAUGUAAAAUCGUAAACAGUGGAAGAAUAUACUCUGGAAGCAAAUCCUUCCAAAAAGCAAGAUUAAGCACCUGGAGGGGCAUUGAUUCGAUUACAGGGCUGUUUUACCUUCAUUCAUCGCUCCAUUCGUCAUCAAUCAGGAAAGCAAACGGAGACGAAAAACGGGAAAUACGACUUUGUGUGAUGGUUGCUUGCGAAUAGUGAAAAUGGAACGAAGUUAAGCCACUGACUGACGAGGGCGUGAAAUAGCCUCUUUGAAGAAAUAAUUGACGAAGAAUCUUUUGACCAUUGGUCAGGUGUUGCGACAAGGAAACUAGGCAUCCUGUGCCUGCGAAUUGGAAAAAUUAAAAAAAAACCUCAUCUAAUCGGAAAUAUGGGCUUCGUCAAAGAUCCGUGCGGAAUUGUUUGCGUGCUGGUGACCUACUUGGCGGUGGUUUAUGCCGACUAUGUGGUGACCCGAUGGAUCAUCCUGCAAACCAUGCAAAAUAGCCUCUGGGCCCCCUUUCACGUGGUAGCAUUCAAUACGAUCGUGUUCCUGCUUUCGAUGGCUCACCUGAAAGCCGUCCUACUCGACCCGGGUACCGUUCCGCUGCCACAAACCCGCAUCGACUUCUCCGAUCUGCACUCGGAGCGAAAUUACAAUCGUGAGCAUGAGGAGUGGACGGUUUGCACGCGUUGCGAGACGUACCGACCGCCGAGGGCCCACCACUGUCGCAUCUGCAAGCGCUGUAUCCGCCGUAUGGAUCACCACUGCCCCUGGAUCAACAACUGUGUCGGUGAGAGGAAUCAGAAAUAUUUCCUGCAGUUCCUGAUGUACGUCUGCGCGUUGGCUUUGUACUCAAUCUUCCUAAUCAUUGCCUCGUGGGUAUAUCCGUGCGAGAACUGCUCGACGACGGUUCCGGAAACGCAGAGCCGCAUGUUGCAUAGUGUUCUGCUCCUACUGGAGUCGGCACUCUUCGGGUUGUUCGUGAUAGCCAUCAUGGUGGACCAAAUGCACGCGAUUUUGUACGACGAGACGGCCGUAGAAGCAGUCCAGCAAAAAGGUCCCUAUCGGAGCCACAGGCCCAAGAUGGCACUGCUGGCAGAGGUUUGCGGACGUGGCCAUCCUGCCAUGUGGUUGUUUCCCUGUGCCACCCUCAACCGAAAACACCACGACGUGCCGUUGUUGAGCCACGACGUCUAAGCGGGAAAAAAUGUGUCGCUCGCAAAAUUUAUUAUUUGCUUUUAGUAGGAUGGUAUCAAGUUCCAGUUUUUGGUUCUCUUCCCAUGCAGUAGCAUACAUGGCGAUGACGAUACAAUUUAUUUUUUGUAAGUAUGUGUACAUUUACGCUUAGGUAUUUAUUACAGGGAGUGGAAGUAGUGAAAGGGAAAAAAGAUAAAGUUUUUUGUAUAAGGCUUCCUAAGAGUGGAAAUCCGGAACAAUAAGGAUGGAAAAAAAUCCAAGAGAUCCGGUUCUAAUGAAAAGGAAACGUUUCCUUGCUUAUUCACAAAUGUGCUAAUGCUGUGGAGAUAUUAUUUCGUACUUGUUGCGACCGAAAUGUAACCUCAGAUUUAAUAAUAGACCACAAUAAAAAAUACUGUUAGUCCCGAA